CAAAGAUGCUGACGUGGGGCCUUGUCGGGGGCAUCCUCUGCCUCUGGUUCUCGUUCGAGCCCGCGGUGUCGAUCGCGAUGCUGCUCAGCAUGUUCGUGCUUGUCUCGUAUGCGGCCAACAACCUCAUCCUGCGCUGCUCGCCCGUGCACAUGUGCCACUUGGACGCUGCCGACGAGCGCGCGGCCGUCGCCAAGGACAAGUCGCCGCCAGCGCUUGCGCUGGAGAAGCAGCCGUGGCACGUGCCGUCGCUCGAAAUCAGCGAGAUGCUGCUCAACAACAGCAACAAUAAGAUGCAGGGCGACGUCGUGCAAGGCCAGGCCAUCUGGCCCAACUCGGACGAGCCGAUCGCGUUUGAGAACGACCUCUUCCGCGGCAAGGUGCUCUUCUUGCUGCGCACCGAGCCUGAGAGCCCGAAAUGGCACCACCUCUUUGCCGGCCGCCGUCGGCUCUUCUGGGUCCAGCUCCAGGGUCAAUUCAAGGUGCAGCCCGUCGGCACGGUCUACAUUGGCGGCGAGGUGCCGCGCAAGAUGAAGCUGGGCUUUGUCACCAACACACUCGUGCGCAUCCUUCUCUCGGUGCUCAACUGCCUCGUUGUCGGACUGCACUACGGCCUCGGCCACGCAUACCCAAAGGACGUGGUUGCGCCCGAGGACGAAGAGCUCCCGCACCUCUCGUUCCCGCUCCAAUCGUCCGUCGACGAGUUCAUUUGCACGCGCGCCGGUGAUCUACCGCCUGCGCUGGGCACCGACGGGCUCGGCGAGUCCACAGACGCGCGCGGUCGGCGCAAGGCGGGCACGCAGCGCUACGAGUUCAACACGUCGGACACGUACUCGUUCUCGUUCUUCAGCUUCUUCAUCGACUUUGAGCGCUGGAAGGUCGUCAACGUGCCAGGCAUGCCGGACACGAGCCUCUCGACGUUCUGGGACACCAUGCCGCUGCGCAUCGUCGCGUACAGCCUCAAGGCGCCGACGGGCCACCGCCAUGACCGCCAUGUCGCUGGCCAGAAGCAGUACUACCUCUGCUUGCAGUUGUCGCCGACACCGACGGCUGUUCGACCUCGCACGGCCCAAUCGGUAUUUGGCCUCGACAUGGAGAAUGAAGCCAGCGAGUUUCUCAAGGACGAAGAAGCCCACCAUAGCCAACUGCUCGCGGAGUUGGACGUGUUUGAGUUCUCCGUGCCCGUGUGGGUCGAGUACUUUAGCACGACCGAGGGUGUCAAGGGCGCGGGCGAGCGCCGCGUCGGGUACCUCUUUGACAUUCUCGAGUACACAGACGCGAGCAGGACGAUGCUCAAGAAGCACCGGUUCGCACUGCACACCGCCGUCCAGACGAACCUCGCCAUCUCGCUGGCGUCCGACGAUUUCGAUGCGGACGAUCCCACGAUUGAGUUUACAAUCCAAACGAAAACGAGCUCGAGCCGCGCGAUCGACACGGAGCGCAGUCUCAUUGACGCGGCGCUGCACGAUCUCGCGGCCGACGCGUCGUCGUCAUCGUCGUCUCUCUCGCGCAAGAUUGCGGCCAAGACAGCGCUCAAGCGGCUCUUGACGCAGCCGAGCUCGGUCGUCGUGCGCAUGCUCUGGGACUCGCACUGGCGCAACGAGUGGCUCGUCCUCGACACGAAGAAGCACGAAGUGCGCUUCUUCCGCACGCAGUCGUCGACGCCGUGCCUCGUCAUUCGAAUCGCCGACAUCUUUGACGUGACACCGGCCAGCGACUACCUCAACUUGCCGCCGCCCGCCAACUCGGACGGCAUGUACUGGUUUGAGAUUGAGACCUUGACGCGCGUGCACUGCAUCGCGGUUGCGUCCCUCGGCGAGUGCGAGUUUUGGCACCGCGCGAUCGUCGCGGAGAUGGACAAUCUCUCGGGCGUUGUCAUGGCGCACGACCUCGUGAGCAAGCCGUAUUACCUCGUAGCCUCAACCCUUGGCCGCGACCGAUACCAGUCCGCGCUGCACUGCGGCACGCGGGACGACGACGCCGUCGCCAAGGACGAGCAGCGGCGCGUGCUCAACGACCGGCGGAUCGGCGUUCGCUUUGGCGCGUCGGCCGAUUUAGACGUCUGCGACGUUGUCGAGCAAGCGCUGCGGAUGGCGAUUCUGCUGCGCCAGCACCCGCAGCUGUGUCUGACGCAUGAAGUGCUCAUGUUUCUGGACGUCGUCGCGAGCAUCAAGCAAGUCAAUUCGACCUUGACGCUCUUUGCGAUGAACAGCCCGGACCGCACCGCGUUCUUCCUCAACUUGUACCAUCUCCAAGUGCUCCACGGACACUUCUUGGACCUCCUCCCGCACUCGAAAGCGACGUGGGCAACGUUCUUCAACACCGUUGCGUACGACGUUGCGGGCCUGCUGUUUACACCGGCUGAGAUCGAGCACUGCAUCCUCCGAGCGUCGCUGCCGCCGUUCAAGGCGCCCUUCCCGCGCCCAAACUGGUCGACGAGCGACCCGCGAUCAGCGCUCGAGGUCCGCGGCGCCGACUACCGCAUGGUGUUCGCACUCAACCCGACGACGCGCGCGAGUGUGAGUGUCGUGACCGUCUACAGAGGCUUUGCGCUUGAGCACCAGCUCAACUUUACGGCGCGGCUCGUGCUCUCGACGCUCGUCUCGGCCGACAUGCGCAAGCACAUCAUCUACCUCCCGCGCGUCUGCGAGUGGUACGCGGCGGACUUUCCGGGCCACCACAACGUGAGCAACGUGGUUCGGACGCUCGUGAGCUACCUCGACGGCGACUUGAAGGCCAACGUCGAUGCGCUCCUGAGCCAGCCGAGCAAACUCGCCAUCAAGUAUUUAAACUACGACUAUAGCUUCCACGCGACAGUCCAACUCAGCAACUGGAAGGCGCAGCCGUCGACCGCGACCGCCAGCUAACAAAACAAACACACGCGAUUGCCCUUUUCUCGUAUUGGGAGCGUCAUGAACCUACUGAUUAACAUCUUAGUUUAGUCAGAG